AUGCACCCCUCAAAGGCGAAUAUCGACGAUUUUAUGGCCUUUGCGCCUGGUACUGAUGCGGGAACGGCUGCCUUGUUCCUCGAGACUGCCAACUCCGUCAAUGAAGCCGUGAAUCAGUACUAUGACAAUCCGCACAAACAUGCUCGACGCCCACCGUCCUCUAUGUCUUCUAUUCGCAGUCCGGUCACACCCGUCACCCCAGUCAGUCCGAGCUUGGCUAUGACGACGCGCAACUCGAUCAGUCCGACUCCGAUCGCAGAAACGAGGAUGCGGGCCAAUUCCCCACCUCCAUACCCGUCGCCACCUCUAUCAACGGGAAGUGUUAGUGUGACUGGAUCGCAGCGCAGGGCACAUACAAAUGGGGUAACUGAGGCAGCGAAGAUUCGCGCCCGGGACGAGCAGGAGAUGCAGAACAUGUUGCAGACCGUUCAGCAGUCUUUUCAUAUCUACAACUCCGAAAUUGAGCCGGAGCAUGAGACCGACUACGCUUGCAACUGCCUUCUCCACAGGUAUAUGCAACGGAAGAUGAAUCGCCUCGGUGUUUUAGAGCUAUGGUCUAAAGCAGUGAUGUACCCGGGGGAAAAGCACUACCAUGACUGCUCACAGGGGCGCCUGUUCAGUAAAAAUCCUUAUCAGACCCUUGUGGUGUCACCGUAUGGAUUUUCUACCAGUUCAAUCUACGGCGUGCAGCGGCCUGACCCACAUUACCACGCCAAAUCAAUCCACCAAACAAUAGACUUGAACAACUCUCUCAAUGCCAAGGCGCAAGCUGCUGUGGACGCGAUGGAGCCGUCGUUCAAGAUCUGGGAGGUCGACCAACUGCAAUCUUCAAUGUCAAACAUAGGUAUCGGUCCGUCCACUGACGGCGAUCAUCCUAGUGGAAAGUCAAAGCGCGCGAGCUUGAAGAAAGCUCUCUCCAUCAAAUCCUCUGAAGAAAAGAUUGCUUCCAGGACAUCGAAGAUCUUCUCUGAGGCGCGCGAGCUGCGGGAUGCAAUUCUGAAAGAGGAAGCUGGCAGGUGGCCCGAUCCAGAGGACCGACGGAUAGUCAGCAUGUACCAGGACAAGGUCGGGAUGGCGCAAAGGAUUGCCGACCUUCGAGAACGAAGUCCUCUCCAAUACCUUCACCUGCUCAGAGCUGGAUAUUUUGAGCCUAUCCCAGUAGAAUGGGCUCGACAGGUCUCGAAUCCGCUAAAAUUCAGCAUUGACGCUUCGGUCGGAUGGCGAGGCAUCACACCUGCGUGGAGAGGAUUCGAAGAUACUGCAGAAGAGCGUUUAUACUGGGUAUUGAAUCAUCGGCAGGGGGAUAGAGCAAGGUUGAAGCCCGACCCAAUAUCUGCGCUAAGUAUGGCCAGAGCCAGGAUGGCCCAAGCGGUGGCGCCACCCCCUGCCUAUUAUGCUGCGGACGACACUUGCCAUCUCCAAAAUAAUUAUGGGGGAUAUUCAAAUCAGGUCAUGCCGCCCCAAUUGCAACAUUUCGAUGCCCCCGAACAGUCGACGGACGACACUAUGAUUCUGUUGGAUGUUUCGGGCUCUAUGGACUUCCAGCCGCGGCGACCGGUCUAUAAUCAGUACUUAAUCACAGGCUAUUCACAAUCUACCCAGCCGAAGAACAAAGAACUAGCACGGGCGAUCGUCCGCCGCUUUACCGACGCAAUGUCCAACCACGACCAAAACUGGUCCGGCUACGAACUUAUCACUUUCUCCAGCCAGGCCGAGUAUAUCGGUGUGGUAAACCACUGGAAUUUUGAUGAAAUGUGGCGGAACAUUCGAUUCGGCGGCCGCACAAGGGUAAUGACGGGCUGGCAAAGAAUCAAGGAGCAACAUUUCCAAAAGCACUCCCAGACAGCAACUUACCACCCAGUCUACGGAUGGCAAGCUGGCCCACAGACACCAAUGCUCCGCCUCCUCCUUCUACUCGACGGUGAAGCAUCCGACAUGGACGAGUUCGAACUGGAUCUUCUAGGCCUAUCCUGGGUGCACAUCACAAUUUUCCUCAUCGGCGUAGACGGAUGUCCACACCAUCAUCGCCAUGCCAACGAACUCCAACGCAUCAGCGAGGUGAAUCCGCACGUCUCCUUCGUCGAUGCGCAAGGCAACGCGCCCGAGCGAUUCAUAACUCACGAGCUGCUGAAACGCCACCUCGGCUACGAGCUUUCAAUGACAGAGUUUGAGGAACUCGAGCACGCGCCAGGAGUGCCGCGACGCGCGGAACUCCCUGCUCAUGAGCCGCCGCCACCGAACUUGCCGGAGCUAGAGCAACCGCCUCCGCUGGGGGAGCGACUACCUGUUGAAUUGCCGAGUCAUGAACCCACGCUGCCGCCCCGAUUAUCUAUGGAGUUGCCACCUCCCUAUUCUGCCACCGCGUGA